CUCUUUUCCUGACAGGGAGCAAAAGAUCCCCUGCUCCCACUACAAUAAUGGACUGCAAAGGCCAAAGACCCCAUUAAAAGGUGACAUCACUGUGUUGUGUCUUGAUACGUUUGCUUAUUUACUUCCAUUCUCACCUUUAUUAAAGGGCCAAUGUUACUAUCGCUCCUUAUCAUCUUCUGGGUCUCGAACAACCCAAAGAAAUGGAUUUGGAAAGAUCAAGAAAGAGUGACAAUCACAAUCUUGUUUUUGCUGUUAAUGGGAAGAGAUUUGAGCUCUCAAAUAUUGACCCUUCUACUACUUUGCUUGAGUUCUUGCGUUCUCAGACACCUUUCAAGAGUGUGAAGCUCAGCUGUGGUGAAGGUGGUUGUGGUGCUUGUAUUGUUUUGCUCUCCAAGUAUGAUCCAGUGCGUGACCAAGUUGAAGAUUUUACAGUAAGUUCAUGUCUAACACUGCUUUGCAGUAUAAAUGGAUGUUCAGUUACAACAAGUGAAGGCCUUGGUAAUAGCAAAGAUGGAUUCCACUCAAUUCACCAACGUUUUGCUGGAUUCCAUGCUUCUCAAUGUGGCUUCUGUACUCCUGGAAUGUGUAUUUCACUCUUUGGGGCCCUUGUUAAAGCUGAAAAGGCUGAUCGACCAGAGCCUCCUCGAGGAUUUUCAAAGCUGACAGUCAUUGAAGCUCAAAAAGCUAUUUCAGGAAAUCUUUGUCGUUGUACUGGAUAUCGGCCCAUUGCUGAUGCAUGCAAAAGUUUUGCAGCUGAUGUCGAUAUUGAGGACUUGGGAUUCAACUCCUUCUGGAAGAAGGAAGAUCUUCAGGAAGCAAAGAUAAGCAGUUUACCUGUGUAUAACCAUAAUCAUGAGAUUUGUACUUUCCCUGAGUUUUUAAAAAAGGAAGUAAAAUCUUCCUUGCUCUUAGAUUCUGAAAGGUACUCUUGGUACACACCUGCAAGCAUUGAGGAGCUUCAGAGCUUGUUAAAAUCUACUAAUGCAGAUGAUGUUCGGAUGAAACUAGUGGUUAGUAAUACGGCUGUGAGUUACUAUAAGGAAAUAGAAGACUAUGAUAAAUACGUAGAUCUUUCACGUAUUCCUGAGCUCUCAAUCAUUAGAAGAGAUCAGUCUGGGAUUGAAAUUGGGGCUUCUGUGACAAUUUCUAAAGCAAUUGAAGCUUUGAGGGAAGAAAGAAAAGGUGAAUACCUCUCAGAAUGUGAAUUGGUCUUCAAAAAAAUUGCUGUCCAUAUGGAGAAAAUCGCUUCCGAGUUUGUUCGAAAUUUAGGUAGUGUUGGGGGAAAUUUGGUGAUGGCACAAAGGAAACAUUUUCCUUCAGAUAUUGCUACAGUCCUUCUAGCAGCUGGUUCUUUGGUUAAUAUUAUUACUGGUACCACACAUGAAAAGAUUACCUUGGAAGAGUUUCUAGAAAGGCCUCCUAUGGAUUCCAAAAGCUUACUAUUAAGUGUUAAAAUCCCAAAUUCUGAAUCAUUAAAGAGCAAAUCUCCUAAAAGGCAGAAUAAGUUGUUAUUUGAAACCUAUCGAGCUGCACCACGGCCCCUUGGAAAUGCUCUGCCCUAUCUGCAGGCUGCUUUCUUGGCUGAAUUUUCCUGCCCCAAUUCAUCUGGUGGAUUUGUGUUGAAUAGCUGUCGGUUGGCUUUUGGUGCUUUUGGAACCAAGCAUGCAAUUCGCGCAAUAAAAGUUGAGGAAGUUUUAACUGGAAAAGUGCUAACUGCUGCUGUUCUUUAUGAAGCUAUUAAAUUAGUUAAAGCUACCGUGGUACCUGAGGACGGGACUUCGUAUCCUGCUUAUAGGUCAAGCCUGGCUGUUGGUUUUCUUUUUGAUUUUCUUAGCCCCUUGGUGAAUUUCCUUUCUAAUGAUUUGUUGAACGGAUAUAUCAAUACUUCAAUGUUGAAAGAUGCAAAACUGAAACAAAAUAAUGACUGGAUGGACCCUGUUAAAUUUCCCACUUUACCAUCAUCAUCAAAGCAGGUGAUCCAAAUAAAUGAAGAAUACCGUCCAAUUGGUGAGGCAGUUACAAAGUCUGGAGCUGCUCUUCAGGCUUCUGGCGAGGCUGUUUUUGUGGAUGAUAUUCCCUCUCCUAGAAAUUGUCUACAUGGAGCUUUCAUUUAUAGUACGAAGCCUUUUGCGAGAGUAAAGGGUAUAGAAUUCAAAUCUAAAUCACUCCCAGAUGGAGUCAGUGCACUUAUUUCUUUUAGAGACAUUCCAGAAGGUGGGCAAAACAUAGGUUCUAAGACCAUGUUUGGUCCUGAACCUUUGUUUGCUGAUGAGUUUACUCAGUGUUGUGGACAGCGUCUUGCACUUGUGGUUGCAGAUACACAGAAACAAGCAGAAGUAGCAUCAAAUAUUGCAACAGUUGAUUAUGACAUGGAAAAUUUAGAACCUCCCAUUUUAACUGUAGAAGAGGCUAUUGAGAGAUCUAGCGUUUUCGAGGUCCCUCCUGCUUUCUCCCCAAAACAAGUUGGUGAUAUUUCAAAGGGAAUGGCUGAAGCUGAUCACAAGAUUCUCUUCUCGGAGAUAAAACUUGGGUCGCAAUAUUAUUUCUAUAUGGAGAAUCAAGCUGCUCUUGCCAUGCCUGAUGAAGACAACUGCAUAGUGGUUUACAGUUCAAUUCAAUGCCCUGAGUCUACACAUGGUGUGAUUGCAAAAUGUCUUGGUGUUCCUGAACAUAAUGUACGUGUGAUCACAAGAAGGGUUGGAGGAGGCUUUGGUGGAAAAGGGCAGAAAGCCAUGCCUGUUGCUACAGCAUGUGCGCUCGCAGCACACAAGUUACAGCACCCUGUUAGGAUUUAUUUCAAUCGUAAGACUGAUAUGAUAAUGGCAGGAGGAAGGCAUCCCAUGAAAGUAACUUACAGUGUAGGAUUUAAAUCUAAUGGGAAAAUUACGGGCUUACAGCUGGAUAUAUUGGUUAAUGCUGGCAUUUUUCCAGAUUGGAGUCCUAUAAUGCCUAGCAACAUUGUAGGUACACUUAAAAAGUAUGACUGGGGUGCAUUAUCAUUUAAUAUAAAGGUAUGCAAAACAAACCUUCCAAGCAGAUCAGCAAUGCGAGCCCCUGGACAGGUGCAAGGGUCAUUUAUUGCAGAAGCUAUAAUUGAAGAUGUAGCAUCUUUUCUUUCCAUGGAUGCAGAUUCUGUGAGAGCCAUAAAUCUCCACACAUAUGAUAGCCUUAAGUUAUUUUAUGAUGAGAGUGCCGGGGAACCUCCGGAAUAUACAUUGGCUUCAAUAUGGGAUAAGUUGGCAACAUCUUCAAACUUUAGUCAGAGGACCAUAAUGAUAAAAGAUUUUAAUAGCUGUAAUGUAUGGAAGAAAAGAGGUAUUUCUCGAAUACCUAUUAUACACGAAGUAAUGUUGAGGCCAACUCCAGGAAAAGUAGGAAUUCUAAGUGAUGGGUCUAUUGUUGUUGAAGUUGGGGGAAUAGAGUUGGGCCAGGGGCUGUGGACAAAGGUAAAGCAAAUGGCGGCAUUUGGUCUUAGUGCAAUCAAAUGUGAUGAAGCAGGAGAUCUAUUGGAUAAAGUACGAGUUGUCCAGUCUGAUACUGUGAGCUUAAUUCAAGGGGGUUUUACUGAUGGGAGCACUACAUCUGAAUCUAGCUGCGAAGCAGUUAGACUUUGCUGUGAAACCUUGGUUGACAGGCUGACACCUCUAAAGAAAAGGUUGCAGGAGAAAAUAGGUUCUAUAAAAUGGGAGUUGCUUAUACACCAGGCCUACGAGGAAGCUGUGAACUUAUCUGCGAGUUCUUACUUUGUUCCGAAUGCUGAUUCCCUCCUAUACUUAAACUAUGGUGCUGCAGUGAGCGAGGUGGAGGUAGACCUUCUGACAGGAGAAACGACAAUCUUGAGAUCAGAUCUUAUAUAUGAUUGUGGACAAAGUCUCAACCCAGCUGUGGAUCUAGGACAGAUUGAAGGAGCUUUUGUCCAAGGAAUUGGGUUUUUCAUGCUUGAAGAAUACACAACAGACCCAGAUGGAUUGGUGAUUCAGGAAGGCACUUGGAAUUACAAGAUCCCUACAUUAGACACCAUACCGAAACACUUGAAUGUGGAAGUACUUAACAGUGGACGUCAUAAAAAACGUGUACUCUCUUCGAAAGCUUCUGGUGAGCCACCAUUGCUCCUAGCAGCAUCAAUUCACUGUGCUACAAGAGCUGCUAUUAAAGAUGCACAACAACAGCUUAAUUCGUGGGGCUGCCAAGAUGAAAUCCGUUCGACAUUCCACCUGGGGGUCCCUGCCACCAUGCCUGUUGUGAAAGAGCUCUGUGGGCUGGAUAGUGUGGAGAGGUACUUGCAGUGGAAAAUGAAAUGAGCAGUAGUUCUUUAAGUUGGACUUGAUGAUCGAUGGAGAAUUAUAUAGAUAUAUUAUAGAACAAAAAUAAUUGUGCAGAACUAUGAAUUGAACUAUUCACUAAAGCCUUUUUAUGGAAUAAAUCAUGUGUAACAAUUGUGUUCUUACAAAA